CAAUCCAAAAUGCAUUUCACUCAGUCUCUCUUUAUCUUUGGAUUGGCCACGAGCGCCAUUGCCGCCCCCGUCGCAACAGAGGAGAAGCGUCAGGUCUUGAACGACCUUUCUCCCGAUGCCGUCGCCCUUCUCGCCUCCCUUGGCUUGACCGGCGCUGCUGUCCCCGUUGGUGGUGUUGUCAACACCCUCGGAAGCGACUUGAAGAAGCGCCAGGUUCUUAACGACCUUUCGCCCGAUGCUGUCGCUCUCCUCGCCUCGCUCGGCCUUACUGGCGCCGCUGUGCCAGUGGGUGGCGUUGUUGAUACCCUCGGAUCCGACUUGAAGAAACGCCAGGUCCUCAAUGACCUUUCCCCUGACGUCGUCACUCUCCUCGCUUCCCUUGGACUCACUGGAGCUGCCGGGCCAGUAGGCGGCGUUGUCGAUACCCUCGGAUCUGACUUGAAGAAGCGUCAGGUGCUCAACGACCUCUCCCCCGACGUCGUAGCCCUUCUUUCUUCCCUUGGUCUUCCUGCUGUUGGCGCCCCCGUCGGCGGUGUCACCAACACCCUCGGAAGCGACUUGAAGAAACGCCAGGUGCUCAACAACCUCUCCCCUGAGGUCGCGACCCUUGUUUCUACCCUUGGUCUCCCGGUCGUUGGAGCCCCUGUCGGAGGUGUCGUCAACUCCCUCGGCUCUGAUCUCAAGAAGCGUCAGGUGCUCAACGAUCUCUCCCCCGAUGUCGUUGCCCUUGUUUCGGCCCUCGGUCUCCCGGCCGUUGGUGCCCCUGUCGGAGGUGUCGUCAACACGCUCGGCUCUGACCUCAAGAAGCGUCAAGUCUUGAACGAUCUCUCCCCUGACGUCGUGGCCCUUGUUUCUUCCCUUGGUCUCCCUACCGUCGGAGCACCUGUUGGAGGUGUUGUGAACUCGCUCGGCUCUGAUCUCAAGAAGCGCCAAGUUGUCAAUGACCUCUCUCCUGAUGUUGUUGCUCUCCUCUCCACCCUCGGCCUUCCCACUGUUGCCGCCCCUGUUGGUGGUGUUCUUGACACCGUCGGCACUGACGUGUAAGCUUUGGGUCCUCGGAGUCCAACAGAAAACACUGAGCUUUAGCGACACUGCGGUCACAUCUUUCUGACACGAAAAGGCGAUAUCAAGUUUCAAUGGGAAGCACAUUUUCUCAUAAGAAUGUAUCUUAGCUGAAAUACCCACACACCACAAAUUUUC